CCAGCACACGUCACGACCAUCAUCAUAAAGUGCACACUUACCAGCCGGCGCCGCACACACAAAAGUUCGCAAUAUCGUACUAGUCCUACAUAAAAGUCACCAAGUCUGUCUACAUCAACUAUCACACACGGUCUUUGAUCGAUAGUCUGAUCGCCGUUUUAUUCUUGGAAUAUUCCGAGAGAAAACCUGGGAACUGACCUAAAUGCCGGAGCAUAUUCUUGGUCACCACAGAAAGAAAUUCUGGACUUUAAGUUUGGCAAUCAGUCGACAGUGAGCUGAUACCGGCUGUGGCUAGGGCUUCAGGGUGCAGGAUUAGAUAUCACCAUGGCCAAUGCUUUCACAAAGGUGCUCAGAUUUUGGAUCUUCUUGGUUGGUUUCAUGGCAGUAGGAAGUGCAAUGCAGGCCUUCAUGGAAAGUUCUUUUCUUGCAACGCGGAUGUACACACAGGCUCAAGAGAUGGUGAAUGCCGUUUUGGGACGAUUAUUUGGAACUUGGACUUUGCUUGCCGGGGCAGUAAGAAUGAUGUGUUCUUAUGACAUGAGGAAUAGAGCGGUGUACGACUUGACUCUGUUCUCAUUCAUUCUAGCCUUCAUACACUUUACUACUGAGUAUCUUGUAUUUGAGACAGUUGAGCUUAGCUUUGGUAUUGUUUCUCCUCUGGUAAUAUCAGGUGUUUCUAUCAUUAUGAUGCUACAAGGAUAUUACUUUGUGUUUGAAGAUGAGGAUGUACCAACCCCAACAGAAUCUAAAAAGAAGAAAUAAGUGUCAAGGCUGCAUCAAGCUUCCAUUCAAUAUAUGAUUUAUUUUAAAUCAGGCAAAGGUUAACUGCUUGUGAUGAACAAUGAUAUAUCUCCAAGUGAAUGUCACUUAACUUUGUACUACUAUAAAAAAAAAAGUAUGCUGAGUCUUUGUUUUUUUGUACUGGUUGCUUGAGGCAAUUUUUCUGCCGAGACUGAUGCGAUAAAUAAUGACUGAAUACAGUGUCACUAUAGACUGAAAAUUUACCAAACUACCGGUAAACUUCUUAUCUAUAUACAGUAUUAAAACUUUCGCAUGGUAUUGAAUUUCAAACUACUAGUAUUAAUCAAGUAGAACUAUGAAAAUAAGAUAACUGAGCAUCAUUUCAAAAUUACUUGCUUGAAUUUAUCAGCCUGUAAUGUUAUGGGUACAGUCAUAUUUAUUCUGUUUGUUUGCAACUCAUAAUUACUCCGCUGGAAUUAUGGUGCCAUUUCAGGGUGAAAAGUGAAGUAGUAGUACUUGUAGCUGUAAACAAAUGAUGUCGUAGCCUUAUGAGCUGAUGAAAUUCAAGCUAGAAAAUUUAGAAUUUAUGCAUGGUAAUCUAUUUUCCAUAGUCCUACUUGGUUAAUGAUAUUUUCAGGAAAUUUAGUUCUCGAAGUGGUCAGUCUGCAACAAUGACCAGCAGAGUUGGCUGGGUACUGUUGGACAAGUAACUCUGACUCGGGGAACUUGUCUUCAAUGGAAUUUUUUUAGUGAGCACAUUUCUGAUUACCAAAAUAUUGAUAAGUAUUAGUUUUUUGUGAGUUUUGUCCAAAAUAUUCCAGAAAUAUUUCUGGAAUAUUUUUGACAAAACUUGCCAAAAAGAUCACAUCUGACUUCUGUGUUUAAACACAUUUUUAAAUAAAAGUGCCUUUUGCAUCAGUAAAAAAAAUGAAGUCAAGGCAAAUCAAAGGUCCUCUUUUUUUUAGCCCAAUUAAGUUUGAAUUUAAGCAAUAUGUAGAAGUUAUAAAACAUUCCAGGUUUGACUCAUAUUCAAGGCCUACUAUAAAAGUGUUCAGUUAAUUCAUAUACAUGUAUGACAAAUUAUCAUCAUCAUGUAUGUUAUGUGUAUUCAAACUACCUGUCUUUAUUGCAGUAUUGUGUACUUUUAUUCUGAAAAAAACAACGAUGAAAUGUAUGACACCAGACUUGUCUACAAGGUAGGUUACCACAUGGUUAAUGGUAUGUACCCACCUGGUCUAAUUGGUAUCGUCAAACAUGGUCCGAGUUCAUCUACUAUAUAUUUUGUCAAACUGCCAUUUAAACCAUCAGUUUGUCUAAUUUCCAGUCAGGCUAUACCCAAUUUGUCUAUUUUCCACUUGGUCUAAUUUAUGAGAUGAACUGUUUAUAAACUAAUGUAAAUUUGACAUAGUGCAAAAGUUGAGUAGACAAAAUGGAAUCAUACCAUAUCUUAGCAUUAAACCAAAUGAGUAUUAGACCAAGUUAUAGUUGGACCAAAUGGCAAUUAGGCUAAAUUGAUAGUAGACAAAGAGGCCCGUAUUCUGAAGUCGGGUUUAACUUAAACUCAGGUAUAAAGUUGUGGUUUGAGUAUUGAUAGCCAAUUGUUACAUAAAUCACCAACAGUAGAGCUAUCAUGUUUCAGCUCAUUUGGCUCUCAAAUCAUUCAUAAUUGUCUUGGGAGUUUAAAAAGAUGAUUGUCUUCACCAUCGAUGAAUCAGGAAAGAGCAAAGCAAACAUAAAAAACUAUACAACUUAGUGAAAAAAAAUUGAUACUUUUGGCUUCCCAUAAUUUUAGCACAGAGGUAGACCAUGGUCUAAGUUAAACCUGACUUCAGAAUAUGGGCCAGAGGGCUUAUCUAUGAUUAUGUAAGAUGGUCCGAUAGUAAGACCAUCUGCUUGUACACAAAGUAGAUACAAACUAUCUACACCUUAAAAAUAUCAUUUUGACCCUCAAAAUCUGUUUCCAGGAGUUGUCUUUAUAUUGAGUAAUGCUAAUUUUUAUAUUUUGAUAAUAAAAUAUGUUGAAGUUGAAGUUCA